CCGUGAGGGCAGCAUGGCGGCGGGGGGCAGCGGCUGCGCGGCCGCGGAGCUCCCGGCGGGGCAGGAGGGGAAAGGCGGAGCGCCGGGACGAGCCGAGGAGACGGAGCGGGGCAGCACGGGGGAGGUGCUGCCUGGAUUCCACGAUGCCGACGCCUUCGUCAAGUAUGCUCUCGGCACCGUGGUGGCUGCAACAAAGGCAUCAAAUGGGCUUCCCCAGCCUGGGGAUGAGUACGACUUCUACAGGAGCUUCCCCGGGUUCCGAGCCUACUGUGAAGCACAGGGGGAUCGUCUGCUGCGCUGCAUGAGCAAGGUGAUGCAGUUCCAUGGCUGCCACAGCCACCUGACAGAUCACAGCAAGGUGACAGAGCUGGAAGAUAAAUUUGAUUUGCUGGUUGACUCCAAUGAUGCCAUCCUUGAACGAGUGGGGAUUUUACUGGACGAAGCAGGAGGAGUGAACAAGAACCAGCAGCCAGUGCUCCCUGCUGGGUUACAGCCCCCCCAGACUCUCAUUUCCAGCUGGAACCGCAAGGCAGGAGAAUCCCACAAGAGGACUCAGUCUGAAACCUUCAGACUGCUCCAUGCCAGGAACAUCUCUCGGCCACAGCUCAAGUUUCGGGAAAAAAUUGACAAUUCCAACACUCCCUUUGUACCUAAACUUUUUAUCAAGCCAAAUGCUUUGAAACCUUUGCCUGAAGCCCUGACAAAAAGUGGACGGGAACGAAAGGAGCGACCCGAGGACUUGGAUGUGCCAGCUGCUUUGGCAGACUUCAUACACCAGCAGAGGACACAGCAAACUGAGCAAGACAUGUUUGCUCACCCUUACCAGUAUGAACUGGAGCAUUUUUCUCCACCAGAUGGAGUUCUGACAAAACCAGAACCCCAGAUGUACAGGCCCAUCAAGGAAACACCCUGCCAUUUUGUCACCACCCUGAAUCAGCUGGUAGAACUGAAUGAGAAGCUUAUGAACUGUAAAGAGUUUGCCCUGGACUUAGAGCACCAUUCCUACAGGAGCUUCCUGGGCUUGACCUGUCUGAUGCAGAUUUCCACUCGAGCAGAGGAUUUCAUCAUUGACACCCUGGAGCUACGCAGUGACAUGAGCAUUCUCAACGAGACCUUCACAGACCCUGCAAUUGUGAAGGUCCUUCAUGGUGCUGAUUCAGAUGUGGAGUGGCUGCAAAAAGACUUUGGUCUGUACUUGGUGAACAUGUUUGAUACUCACCAAGCUGCUCGUCUCCUCAAUCUUGGCAGGCAUUCAUUGGACCACUUGCUGAAGCUGUACUGUGGGGUAGAUGCUGACAAGCAGUACCAGCUGGCUGACUGGAGGAUACGCCCUUUGCCAGAAGAAAUGAUUCAGUAUGCCCGGGAUGACACUCACUACCUGCUCUACAUCUAUGAUAAAGUGAGGGAAGCUCUCUGGGAGAAAGGGAAUGAGCAGCCCACCCAGCUCCAGGUUGUGUGGCAACGGAGCAAGGACAUCUGCCUGAAGAAAUACGUCAAGCCCCUCUUUACAGAUGAAUCCUACCUGGAGCUCUACAGGAAGCAGAAAAAACAUCUCAACACCCAGCAGCUGGCAGCAUUUCGGUUGCUGUUUGCAUGGAGAGAUAAGAUGGCACGUCAGGAGGAUGAGAGCACAGGAUAUGUGCUACCAAACCAUAUGCUGUUGAAGAUAGCAGAGGAACUGCCCAAAGAGCCCCAGGGCAUCAUUGCUUGCUGUAACCCAGUCCCACCACUGCUCCGCCAGCAGAUCAAUGAGCUGCAUCUCCUCAUCCGGCAGGCCCGGGAGAUGCCUCUCCUCAAGUCUGAGGUUGCUGUGGCAGUCAAGAGGAAAGCAACUGUGUCCAACCCUGAGAGGCUGGAGAAUACCUUCUUUGGACCUCAUGACAGUUCCCGGGUGCCUGUGGAUGAACUCCAGAAGAACUCUGCCUGGGAACCUGCACCAGUUCUGGAGCAUGGUUGUCUUUUCUCAGACAGUGAGAGGACAAUGAAGCUUCAGGCUGUUCAGCCAGAGUCAAUAUCCCUUGUUGCUACUGCUACUGUCAGCAUAUUCAGUGAAUGUGAUGAAGAGGAAGGGAAUGAGAAGGCUUUAACCACAGCACAGCAGAAAGCUCAGCGUAUCAUGGAGUCCUUUGAAAACCCUUUCAGAAUGUACCUGCCCUCAGACCAGAAUCCUGCCCGUGUCUCCCAGGCUGCAAAGUUUGACCCAUCCUCAAAAAUUUAUGAAAUCAGCAAUAGAUGGAAGUUGAUGACUCCAACUCAGGCACAGAAGGAGCCCAAGGAUGAAACCAAGAAGAAAGCAGCCCAGCAGUCAGCUGCUCGUGACCAGGCACAGAGAGCAUACAAAGAGGCAACAGAAAAUCUUGUGUCUCUUCGUCAGCAAGCCAUGCAGGAACAAGCUAAUAAGAAGAGGGAGAGAGUCAUGAGUGAAGCAGGAACAGAGUUGCCAAAACAAGAGAAGAAACGACCAAAAGCCUCCCAGCAACCAGAGGAGCUGGAAGCACCAAAGCAGUUUACCCCCUUUGAUUACAGCAAGUCCAACUUCAAAGUGUUUGCAGGAAGCAGCAAACCCAAGCAGUCACCACAGUUUGAUCCUGCCAAGCAAGGUUAUGCAGGCAAGAAGUUUGCUGGAGCUAACAAACUGCAACACUCUGGGAACAGAAGCAUGUCCUACCUGGCUGGGAAGGCUGAAAGGGCUUCCAGACACCACUGGCCAAAGAGAUAGUCCCUGCUACAGGACCUGUGGGAGUUGCUGCUGAAGAGAAUAGUCAGGAGAAUUGUCACCAUGGAAGGCAAAUACCAUUCACUGAGCAGUUUUUUGUACAGAAAAGUUUUUAAAGCCAUUAAACCCCCUUUUUUUUUUUCCAAAAGGAAAACAUCUUA